AUGGCGCCCUACCUUGGAUCAGCCUCAGCAUCAGCUCCAGAAUCUGACAGGGCUGCACAUGGCUUUGGUAAUGGGCAACAGGCGGCAGAGUCAAACAAAUUGCUCGCAGGCACUCGAUCAGCCUUGCAAGAGCUGUUGGACAAAGCAAAAGGCCACUUCCCAGAAGAAAGUCUAUCCCACAUUACCAAGAUCAACUUUUCCACUGCCAACACGGGCACUCCCUACUUCCCAAGCCCAUUGAAGCAGACAGAGGCAAUCUCUGCCCUCAAGGCUGUCGAGGCUGGUGUAGCAUCCACAAUAGCAGACCUUGCGACAGGCCCCCAGCAAAGAACCAUCAACGUGGACAUGGAAAGAGCGACAGCAUUCCUCUUCUCCACCUACUUGGCCACGGUGGGAGGACAUGACAAAUCAAGUCCCAACGUCCACAGUCUUCUCAAGGAUACGGAUCUGCUAAAGGCACAGGCCAUACUAUACAGACGCCUGUCAGCCAAUCUCUAUGAGACUAAGAAUCCAGGAGAAUACUUUCACCUCCAUGGCUCCCUCGAGGCCACAAAGGCCCUCAACAUGAUUGGUCUAGAAGGCCACCGCCCUGAUCUGACAGAGUACCGUCAAUGCAUCAAAGUCAUAGAAGACCACGUGAAGCAAUUCACCGCCGAUCAAUUAGAAGAAAUGAAUGCAAAGAUCCGCCAAGCAGGCGUCACCUGUCUGAAAUGGGAAGACUUCUGCGUCACUCCACACGGCCAGGAACUCCUGCACCAACCGCCCUGGAAAGUCGAAACUUUGGAAACUGAAACUCCAGCUGUACCCUUCCCUUUCCAGUCCUCCAAUACGCCAAAGCCCCAGAUAUUGGCAGGCAUCCGAGUAUUGGAAAUAUGCCGCAUCAUUGCCGGUCCAGCCAUGGGCCGUGGUCUCGCAGAACAUGGCGCCCAAGUCAUCAAGGUCACUGCUCCCCAUCUCUCUGACGUGCCCUUCUUCCAAGUCGACGCCAACAUUGGGAAACACACGGCGGACCUAGAUCUCAAGUCGGACUCUGACCGCGCAAUCUUUGAGCAUCUCCUCGCCUCCGCUGAUGUCGUCCUUGACGGCUACCGUCCUGGUAGUCUCGCCCGCCUAGGCUACGGCCCGCGUCAACUUGCCGAGUUGGCAAAGGCAAGGGGAAAGGGCUACGUCUACGUGGCCGAAAAUUGCUUCGGUCACGUUGGACCAUGGGCCGGCCGUCCUGGUUGGCAACAAAUCGCCGAUUGCGUCUCAGGCGUAGCAUGGGCCCAAGGUCAAGCCAUGGGUUUAGAUGAACCUGUCGUUCCGCCCUUUCCCAUGAGUGACUACGGGACAGGUUGCAUGGGUACCAUUGCUGCGCUCACUGGGCUCUACCGCCGCGCCAAGGUGGGUGGGAGUUAUAUGGGCACAACGUCACUGGUACAAUACGACGUGUAUCUCCUCCAACUCGGUCUUUAUGACGCAGACAUGAUGCGCGACUUGAAAGCCGAACACGACGCCGAAUUCUUCCAACUCCGACACAAUGACUCGGUGGAUGAGGUGGGCAAACGCGCGCUCAAGACCAUGAGACGCACGCAUCCCGAGUUGUUUGACGAGAAGCACAUGCAGCGCGCGUUUAGCAAGGGGUUCAAUGCGGACGUGAGGACCAUUCGGCCCGUGGUUAGUAUGGAGGGGUGGUGGAAUGGGUUUCAGCGAAGCUCGCGGCCAAAUGGGUUUGAUAAGCCAACGUGGGAUGAUUGGGAAGUCGAGGAAGAUUUGGUCAAGGCUUGA